AUGCCCGCAACAACUGAACGUGUGCCGCCACGGACCCAGAACCCUCGACGUGAAACAGCGACAGCUGACCUCGAGGGCGGCGGCGCAUGGCUGGCGCUGGGCAGUGGUGAUGAUCUGAAGGGCUUCCGACACUCUGUGUCUGAGGUGAGCGGAGCGUGGAGAGUUUGGGAAUGUGGACCGUGCACCGAUGUGAGAGAAGACCCUAAUGGCAGAGGCAGCUCACAAGAAAGAUGGGAGGUGGUUGGUCUCUGCCGCAGCAAAUGGCAAAAGUUUGACAACUGUGAGAUUCGAACUCACGCCUCUUUCGAGACCAGAAUACUCAUCCGCUGGAACGGAUGA